AUGGAGGAAGUAUAUCAUGAUGAACCUGAAAAAUUUAAUCAUAUUCUCCACCUCAUACGUGAUUAUUUUAAUCAUAGAGACGAUAGAGCUAGAAUCACUGCAUGUAUGGGGGAACUCAUGAGAGAUCACUUGAACCUGCUUGUUCGUUUCUUUGACUUCUUUCCAGCUGAGGCUAGCGAAGGGUUAGCCCAACUUCAAACCAUUGCUGCAACAAGCGUAUCACCGGAUUCUACUAUUGAUGAUGCGGUUUCAUACAUCAACACUGUCAAGGAAGCAUUUCAUGAUGAACCUGCAAAGUAUUACGAGUUUUUCCAGCUCUUUUAUGAUAUCAGGUAUAGAUUAAUUGAUGUUGCUGGUGGCAUUACAAGGGUGGAGGAACUCUUGAAAGCUCACAAGAAUCUGCUUGUCCGUUUGAAUGCCUUCCUUCCACCUGAGGCUCAGAGAAUCCUCCAUCUCAAGAUUGAGCAACGGGCUGCAUCUGAUAUUAACAAAAGAAAACGUGUAGCGAGUUUUAUCGGCAAGCUUAAGGAAAGGUUCCAGGGGGAUGAUCGUCAUGUAUAUGAGUCGUUUCUCGAGAUAUUGACAAUGUACCAAGAAGGAAACAAGUCCGUGAAUGACUUGUACCAGGAGGUAGGGUUCUUGGUUGGGACACUUUGGUUGGAUUACACUUUCUCUUAG